ACAAUUUAAUGUGUCCUUUUAUAAUUUCUUUCUUCAAAUGAAUUCACAUGAAUGUUUUUCUCGCAUUUUUAUUCGUUUUCUGUUAUUAAAUCAUGAAUACAAAAUACGAUAAUUAGGAAAUAAUUCAAAAAGUCGACAUCAUCAACAUACCUUUAAUUCUCUCUUCCCGUCAAUAUUGUUUAUAGGCUGUUUACUGUCGAGUAUAUAGGAUAUUCUCUCUAUCUGAAUGACUCAGUUAUUUGAGAUAUUCUAUGAAAAAGAUAAUAUUGAAUCAGAACACGAUUAUUAUUAUUAUCAUUACUAUUAAUUUUCAUUAUUUGUACAUAUGCAUACACAUACCAAGGUCGAGGAUCUUUCAAAUGAAAUAUUCUUUGAUAUAUUUGAUUACUAGAUGCUCUUGACAUUUUUAAUGCAUUUGCUUCAUUGAAUAAACGAAUUUCAACGAUUUUACAAUCAAUUCCACUUUGUGUUAUUAUUCUAAAGAAUUGUUGUCGUCGUCAAAUUGAUUUUCUUUCUUCUCAUCUCACUUUUCAUGCUCAUCAAGUGAUUUCAUUGGAAAUUCGUGAUCAUUCCGCGGUUAUUAGUUUAUUAUUUAGUCGACAGUAUUUUAUUAAUCUUCAGUCAUGUAUACUUCUUUCAAUUAAUCCAUCAACAAAACUUGAAAAUCUUAUUAAACAUACAAAGUCUAAAUAA